UUAUUAAUGUCAAGUCAAUAAAAAGGACAAAAUUGUCGGCUCGAUUACAUCGCCGGUCACAUAGAGGAGAAAUAUAACAUAUUUAAUCGUACAAAAUGCCUGGGAAAUACAAAAUUGUGAUGAUUCGUCAUGGUGAGAGUGAAUGGAACCAGAAAAACCUUUUCUGCGGAUGGUACGAUGCAAACCUUAGCGAGAAAGGCUUGCAAGAAGCUGAGGCCGCAGGCAAGGCUUUAAAAGCCGAAGGUUACGAGUUCGACGUCGCCCACACAUCAGUUUUGAAACGCGCUCAAAUAACACUGAACACAGUUCUUGCACAGCUUGGUAAAACCGAUUUACCUGUUGAAAAGACUUGGCGCUUGAAUGAGAGACAUUAUGGUGGCCUCACUGGUCUGAACAAGGCCGAGACAGCUGCCAAGUAUGGUGAAGCUCAGGUACAAAUCUGGCGCCGCAGCUUCGACGUCCCCCCUCCACCAAUGGAGAAGGACCACCCCUACUACGACACGAUCAUGAACGACCCCCGCUACGCCGGCGACCCGAAGCCCGAGGAAUUCCCCAUGUUCGAGAGCUUGAAGCUCACGAUCGAGAGGACCCUGCCCUACUGGAACAAUGUUAUUGUUCCCCAGAUCAAAGCCGGCAAGAGGAUUCUCAUCGCGGCCCACGGCAACAGUCUUAGGGGCAUCGUUAAGCAUUUAGAUGGUCUGAGCGAGGCAGCCAUUAUGGAGCUGAACCUCCCGACCGGCAUUCCUUUCGUCUACGAGUUAGAUGAGGACCUGAAGCCCGUCGACUCCAUGGUCUUCCUCGGCGAUGAGGAAACCGUCAAGAAGGCCAUGGAAGCCGUAGCCAACCAGGGCAAGGCCAAGUAAAAGUAAAGAACGCAAUAAUUUAUUAUGUAGCCCUAUUGUUAUUAUUUAAGUUAAAAAAGAAUGUGUUAUGUAUAAAGAUUGAAAUGCAGCAGAAUCUCUACGGAAUGUAUAUAAUAUAUUUAUUCAAAAUUUGCUGAAUUCGUAACGUUGUUUUUAUUGGGUGUAUGCCAGACAUACCGUCAUGUUGUUUCGUAGGAGAUUAUUAAUGUAGAGUUUUGUGAAUCAAUAAAAAUAUAUUUAAACCUA